GCUAGUAAUCGAACACGCUAAAUGUACAGCGUGCAUACAUGAGUUGGCACUUGUUUUAUCAAUGUCCCAUUUGUUUUGGCGAUUUUCAGUAAUCUGAAUGAAAUAAGACACAGACCUUGGUGUUCCAAAUGACAAUUGAUUAAGGUAGCCCACAGGCUGCAGAAUCAGAAGGCGGCACCUUUCACUGCGUACACCAAGACUACGAGACUAUUUACUUGGAGUGAAGUGAGGUUUCCGAAGAGUGCACGUAGAGAGACAAUAAAGAACAGAGUUAUUCAGAGGCUGAGAAAGUUAGAGAUGGCUACCACAGGGGAGGUAGAGGGAUCUCACAUCCCCAGGAAUCAUGCUCUGGAAACUGCAGUCGAUCUCGCUGCCGGUACUGUGGGCGGAGUGGCCAACUGCCUCUCAGGCCAGCCGCUGGACACAGUCAAAGUCAAAAUGCAGACAUUUCCAACUCUGUACAGGAAUGCAUUCCACUGCUUUGUGCAAACUUACAAAACUGAUGGUUUCUUCCACGGACUGUACGCCGGGACGGUCCCGGCCCUCGCAGCGAACAUUGCAGAAAAUGCCAUCUUGUUUAUGUUCUAUGGUAUCUGUCAAAAAUCCGUGAUGAAACUGGUGCAUGUAGAGAAAGAGAAUGAUUUAAAAGCAAUUCAUAAAGCAUUUGCCGGUGGUGGGGCGGCAUUUUUUGCCUCUCUUGCUCUGUGCCCAACGGAGCUGAUCAAGUGUAAACUGCAGGCUAUGAGAGAGAUGGUCGACCAAGGAAAACUGGAAAAAUCAAAAACAUUCAGUGGGCCAUAUGCACUAACAAAACACAUUUGCAAGACGGAGGGUGUCCGCGGUAUGUUCCGAGGACUCGGGCCAACAUUAGGUCGAGAGAUGCCAGGAUACUUCGUCUUUUUUGGUGGUUACGAAAUCAGUCGGAACUAUUUCACACCUCCGGGAAAAACUCCUGAUGACAUAGGACCGCUGAAGACGGUAUUAUGUGGUGGCAUCGGUGGUGUCUCCCUCUGGGUCGCAAUCUUCCCUACCGACGUUGUCAAGUCAAGGAUCCAAAUCUCUGAGGGGAAAAGUGCCACGUUUGCCGGGACGUUCAUGCAGGUAGUGAGAGAAGAUGGUGUGCUUGCUCUCUACCGAGGACUUGGUCCAACGGUGGUGAGGACAUUUAUAGCAAGUGGUGCCCUCUUCCUCUCGUACGAGUACUGCAAGCGAGGUUUAGAAUAUCUAUUAAAGAACCAGUGAUACAGUUGAGAUAUUUAGGUUAAUUUUAGUGCAUCGGUGAAUCAAAGUCUGGACUGUGAGCCAUCAGCAAUCAUCUUGGCAAGUCUGCCAACCCAUCAGUACUUUCAUGUCAUGAUAGCCCCCAUGGAGGGUUGGAAGAUCUGUUUGUGUUUGUCUUGACCAGUGAAUGGUUACUGUGAGUAUGAAUAUCUUCCAGGGAAGUUGUACGCAUCCAUCCAGCCGAGGACCGAUUCUGGGGGCUUUAAACAGGGUAAAGUAAGGGAGCUGAUUGUGGCUGUGCAGGAAAGAUGAUGGAACUGGAAAAAACACCCCAAUUCUAGCAAUUUUGGGGUCUAGAGCACAUAUGCACUGGGCGUAGUGCAACCAUUAAUGUUUUCUGGGUGGAAUGUGGUCUUUGAUUGUGUUGUUAGUCUAUCAUAUCAUGUGUUUUCUAUAAUCUACACUGGUUGAGGAAUUUUUGACUGCAUGUUUUUUUCAACUUAAGUAGAAUUUUAACUGGAAUAUAAAAUGUUGGCAGAAAGACUGUUUUUAAUGGGUGUUAUGAAUAAAGACUGUAAAUGCAUUUACUUCAGCUUUGUACUGGGAGGCCCAAAGUGUACAUGGAGAUUCAAGUAAAAGCAUUUACUACCUGGUCUUUAUUCAUAUCAAGUGUUGUUUUUAAAAGGAAAUUGUGGCCUAUUCGCAUUGGGCUCUGCAUUUAGGUCAGCAACUGUGUGCUUUAGUAAAUGGCUUGAUCACCCGGAGUGUGUCGGGCAUCUUAACGCUAUCCAGCAUGCUAUUCAUAUCAGCGACCUCCAGUGUGAGCGUGAGAUGUUCAAUGUUGGGGAUCUGUCACUAAAAACAAAGUUUUACUCUGAGCUUGUAUUGUUUUUUUACCCACUAUCCCGGUUAUUUGGUAGUUCAAAGCUCAAGGUGAUCUCAUAUGUUUAUAUUUUUAAAGAGGAGGAAUCUGAAUAGGUCAAUUUGCGUAAUGCGUUGCAUGAUGUACUAUGCGGACCUCUCAAUGCGGUGCUUAAGCAUAAAAUGGCAAGAAGAGUUGACUCUGCUAUCUAUAGGGAAGAAUGGGUCUUUAGCCUUGUAUUAUAACUUCCAUGUUGACGCUUCAAGUUCAUAUCUGUAUUGAACAAAUAACAAGUGACGACAAUCUUUUAGAGUUGAAACGAGGGACUUUUUGGGGCCACCCUGUGAACAGUUGAUGUCAAAGCGGUUCUGUAUGCAAAGCAAAUGCAAAGUGAGAUUUUAAAGGAAGUGUUCAAGUUUUGGAAGCUAAUAAAUCUAAAUGAUCUGACGAAA